UUAGCCCGUCUCGAACGUUUCCUAUCAUGUGUUAGCAUUCAGCGAGCGGAUAGCAAAGCAAAGCUACAGUACGUGGUUGUUCGGAUACACAACGUGUAAUUCUCUGUUGGGCAGCAGAUUUCAACCGGGAGGGACAAUAAAAACAGUUUGAAGCCUCUUUUUCAAAUAUGAUGUUGGCAAACUAACUGUACGUUUCUGUCUGUCGUUCAGCCAUGAAUUUCCAGGAGUGGUUACAGUUACUUCGAUCCAACAUGGGACUUCAAGUUUCCGAAUCAGAUCGGGCUGGAGACUGGUGUCCGCUGUCCCUGCCUUCAUCUUUCUCGCUGUCCUCUCUGUCCUCGUUGUCCCUGCUGGGUAUCGGAGCCCUUGCCUCGCUCACCGCAUACUGGCUGGUGACCCGUCCGCGGCCCAUGCGCCCUCCCUGUGACCUUCAGGCCCAAUCUGUCGCUGUGAAUGGGGAUCCCAGCUGCAGGCGAUCAGCUCUCCUUCAAGAUGACUCGCUCCUGGAGUUCUACCAUGAUGACACCAGGACGGCUUAUGACAUGUUCCAGAGAGGCCUGAGGAUUGCAGGUAACGCACCAUGUCUUGGCUUCAGGAAGCCAGGCCAACCCUACCAGUGGAUAUCCUACACUGAGGUGGCCGAACGAGCGCAGAUGAUGGGUUCUGGUCUGUUGGCUCGAGGCUGCAAGCCCAACCCGGAGCAAUUUGUUGGUAUAUUUUAUUGCUGCUUUGUCUCCCUCUGUUGGCGGCAGUGGGUCAUUACAGAGCUGGCCUGCUACACUUACUCCAUGGCCUUGGUUCCUCUUUAUGACACACUGGGGCUGGAGGCCAUGGUCCAUAUUCUCCACUUGGCGGAGAUCUCCCUGGUGGGGUGCGACCGUGAAGAGAAGGCCGCUUCCCUGUUGGAGAAUAAGGAGAAGGGCGUCACUCCCAAACUCUGCUGUCUGGUUCUCUUCGACGACUUCAGCGAGGCUUUCGCCGAGAGGGCCUGUGGUUGCCAGGUGGAGGUUCUCACACUGACACAGCUCAUGGAUCUCGGAAGGCAGAACCUCAAAGAGCCUUUGCCCCCCCAGCCUCAGGAUCUGGCCGUGGUUUGCUUCACCAGUGGAACCACAGGCAAGCCCAAGGGAGCCAUGAUCACCCACGGCAACAUCGCCUCGAACACUUCCUCUGUCAUUAAGAUCCUGGAGGGUUCUUUUGUCAUCCGACAAGAAGACGUUUCCAUUUCCUACCUGCCUCUGGCACACAUGUUUGAGAGGAUGAUCCAGGUGGGCUGAUCGCAGGACAACUCAUCGAGAAGUUAAUUAAUGGUGUCUUGUAGCAAUUGAGCUGCAAGAGCGUUGAUUGUUUAUUCAUUAUUCGCCGUUAGAAGCAAGACAUGUGAGCUAUGAUGGAGCGUAUGGGAGAUCGUUCAAAGUGUAUGAGAGUAUGAAUUCACGACAAAAAUAAGAACCUGAAAUGUGCUUGUAUCCUGC